CACAGUGACACUAAAUUCUAAAUGGACGCAAAAAAAACUUAACCACACAAAUAUGUUAUGAAAAAUAAUAAGUAUAGAAACUAGCUCAUGCCUUUACAAACAGGCGUGUACUAAGAAAAAAAAUAUGCCCAGCACUGUCUAAAUCAUAAUCAUCAUGGCUGCUGCUGUAGUCACGAAUUAUGGUGAAGACCGCAUCAUUUCUAACAGUAUCGGGACCACAGAUGUCCACGGCGAUGGAGCAAUCCAAGAGCUACCAACCGACACAUCUUCGGAGACGUUCUCGAGGAAAAACUCCGAGUCUUCGGAAAAGGUGAUAUCGUCUUCAUCGUACAUCUUGGCCAGCGACGUGAGUGAUCUGAGUGGAGACGUGGAGCGCUGGAUAAAUGGCUCCCACACCUCGCCCCCGUCCAGGCCUACAGGAACUCAGGGCAGCAGAGCGCGGGUGGCUCAACGGAUGCCCGUGACGUCAACAUGCUCCAACAGCUUGUGGUAUCUUGUCGCCAUGAUCCUACCACUGUUUAGCGUGCACAACUGCGUGAUGACCCUGAGAUGCACGCCCAGUACCGUGGCCAAUGCAGCAGAAGUCAUCUUCCACCAUUUGACCCUCAUGUGUUCCCGGGCCAAGGCACACAUUCAGAGAGUGGCUCGUGACCGCUUCGCUGGCGAAGUGUUCGCUGCGACCAUGGACGUAGUGCUCGUAGUGUAUGCCCUGGGAUUCCUGUUCCUAUCCAUGUACCAAGCUGCCAUGAUUGGAUGAAUAUACCAGACUCGAUUCUGUAGAUAUGCUAAUAAAGUUUGUAACUGCUUGAA